CACUUAAGAGCCAGGGACUGAGCAAUCGGUCAGACUCUCCUACUGCUGGAUCGAGAGAUUCUCUCUUUGGGAAGGAGCCGAAAACGAAGGCCCCUCUGAGUAGCGCAGGAACAUUUUGAAACGCAAAGGAACAAGAUGGCCGUCGUAUCAUCCUCCACAGUUGUCCUCAGCGCCAUAGCCGGCCUUGGGGUGGCCACCAUUGCUAUCCCCGCUGCAGUUGGAGCCAUGGGUUUCACCGGGGCUGGAAUCACAUCUGGCUCUUUGGCUGCAAAGAUGAUGUCGCUAGCCGCCAUUGCCAACGGCGGAAAAGUGGCAGCUGGAAGCGUUGUUGCUGUGCUUCAGUCAAUCGGUGCUGCGGGAUUGUCCGCGGCUGCCAAAACUGCAAUAACUGCAGGCGCGGCGUUGCUGCCGGCCUUCUUUCGUUAAGGAAAAGACACAACGGCAGGUCGCCUUGCCCUGGGGAAGAAGAGCGACGCUUUAAAGGGAAGAAUUAUAUUGCCCCACUAGUCAAGAGAACAUCACAUUAACCCAGAUUUCAUUUAUCUUAAUAGUAAUCCAAAUACAUUUGCCAACGUCUCUAAUAAUUGCUGGCUUAAAUGUGCAAAAAUAAAACUUUUAGCAUUUAAAAACAACAACAA